AUGUUUCAUUGUAUGGAUCAGGUAGACAAUGCGUAUGUAACUGCGCUGUUUCCUACGUAUCUCUUAGAACAACCUAUCGGUCAUGACUUGUGGAAAAUCUACUAUAAGAAUAGAAAACUGUUCCGUAAGCUCAAGGCGAAAGGUGAGACAUCUCCAACGUUGAGGGAGCCUAGACUACGGCAACUACGUUCGGACUUGAGUUAUGAAGCUAGGAAAGAGAUUUGGGAAAAAUUGAUGAGCAUAGGUGUUUUGGGGACAAUCCCUUAUGAUGCGGUUAGCGAUGAAUACUUGGUACAAGUCUACCAGUAUUUCUAUCCAGAUAUAGACCGCGGGUCGCCGCCUAGACCAAUGUCCCACGUCACGACUGAUGAUAUGCAAGUCGACAGUGAUUCCACCGAUAUAACCCAGCCUGUGGCUAGUAGUCUUUCGACUCGCAUGGGCCUUCGCAUAAAUCAUGGUGCCGAGGACGAAGAUGACGACGACGACGAUGAUGACGAUGUUGAUGAAGACGACGACGAUGAUGAAGAUGGUGACGAUGAUGUUGAUGGUGGUAAUAAUAAUGAUGAUGAUGAUGAUGAUGUUGACGAUGAUGAUGACGACGACGCAGAUUAUAACGAUAAUGACGAUGCCAAUACAGAUGGUAACGCCGAGGGUAAUGAUGGCUUUGAAGACAAUGGGGUGGGCCGUUCAGAGCUCAGAAUUCAAACCGAAUACGUAGACCAGGAAGCUGGACACGAAGCCCAUGGAGAGAAUGAGUCAAUUGUAUCUCAAAAUUUGGCGGAAGGGGCAGGCCCUCAGAACCCAACGGCUGUGCCGGCCCAGGUGUUGGAAGUCAAGUCAUCUAAGGAUCUCUCCGAUCCACCAUCCGCUUCCAGUCAAGUACAUUUCAAGAAAAACGCAGUGUCGCGGGAAAUUUAUAAGCAAUUAGGUUAUCCUUUGCCUCAAGCUUGGGAGACGCCUUCAAACAACAGCAUUCUCGUAUCUUCUGAUGGCUGUACGCAAUUGAAGCCUAAUCCAGAAUUUCAAGCACUCUCUGCUCACGAUAGAAGGACUGGCCCGCUGGGUGGGCCGGGACUCUCAGAGAGUCUUUCUACCUUCAAUUCCAGACAGGAGUAUGUGAGUACCACCGCCAACAACACACUCCACUCCAAAAGUUUGGCCCUUUUCUACUAUGAGAUCAGAGUGCUUUGGAGUCGGUCUUAUGGAACUGCUACCCCUUCAAGGAUCAAGGUGGGCUUCAAGGACCUUUCGAAAAUCCAGUCGAGUUCCAAAUCAUCGUCCCGCACCGAUCUUCAAAGUAGCGAUCCAGUGUCUAUCAACAGGCAGUCAGCGAGUAUUGUUAGGGCCUCUCUAGAAUCAGGGUCGUCUAGCAGCUCCAGUAACCGCGGCGAAACUUUGAGCAAAGGAAGCUUUGUUUACGGAGGGCAAGAUGGAAAUAUCACCGAUGGAACUUUGUCUAAAUCAUAUUCAAAUGGAUAUGGGCCAUCUGAUGUUGUUGGUUGUGGGAUCAACUAUGUUAGCGGAACAAUAUUUUUCACUAAAAAUGGUGUUCAUUUAGGAACGGCCUUCACUGAUGUUCAUGACAUUGAUGUGGUCCCGUUUAUUUCACUCGCUCCUGGUGCUGUCGUAAGGACAAACUUUGGCUUGCAUGAGGAAUUUGUCUACGACAUUUUAGGAUACCAGAGAAUGCUCAAGGCACGAGCUUAUCAGCAUAUUUACAAAAGUAUUGAUGGCCACGAUGGUCGCAACGAUUUCGAAAGCAGUUUUUAUGACGAUCAAAACGAUGAGCUUGAGGAUAAUGAGUUAAAUCUCUCAUCUCACGAUGAAAGCUUUAGAAAUAAGGAUGGGUUCCUUCUCCAAAACGACGACAGAUUCAGUGGAGAUCAGCUCUAUCGGCCUGAAGUUGAAAAAUUGAAUAACCUGAAUACGGAUGAUGAUUCUAUUCCUUGCACUAUGAAUACAAUGAUCAAUGAUUAUUUGAUUCAUGAGGGCCUAAUUGAUGUGGCCAAAGGUUUUCUCAUUGAUCUCAAUAAAGAUUGUAUACCGGACAAUGAAGAAGAAAGGGCUAGGAUAGUCAUCAGACAUAAUGAAAGACAAAUUGUUAAAGAGGAAAACAACUUGAAAGUUCGGCAGGACAUACGGAGGCUCGUGAAUGAGAGUAAAGUGACUGCAUGCAUUGCUUUCAUCGACGCACAUUACCCAGGCCUUUUGAAAGAAAGCAUCGAUUUGCUCUUCGAGUUAAAAUUGGCCGAGUACCUCGUUACAUUGGUCAACUUCAAAGACCAUCCCAUUGAGGAAAUUCUUCGAAAAGGUCAGGAACUCACGGCCGAGUUUGUUUAUAACUCUGACGUACCUCUCGAGUACAAGGAAGGUUUUCAAAGCCACUUGAAUGAUAUUUCCUCUUUACUUGCCUACGACAAUCCUUUAGAAGAGUGCAGUGAAGAUUUGGCAGUUUACCUGACACCAGCCUAUUUGCAAGAUAGGUUAUUUCAAUUGAUAAAUUCCCGAAUCCUUCUGUUUUUAAAAAAAAGGAGCGAAAGCUCCUUAGAAAACAUGGUGAGCUACACAAGAGCUAUGGUCAACGCCCUCAUGGAAUAUGGGGAGGGCAGCUCCCUUGUUCAUAAUGAUUCGGAGCUACGGGUGCAUAAACUUGUAAACAUUGACGAGGAUCUGCUAAAUAUUUGA